GCUGAGCAGAGCCAUUCAACAAGCAAGCAAUGGCGCUGAUCUCGGCCAAGGACCGAACCAAAGAGUUCCUGUCUGCCGUCGCGACUGCCCAGCGCACCUCCGCCGCGGCCUCCGCAUUGCCCGGCAGCAGCAGCAGCAGCAGCAGCACCUCCAGCAGUAGUAGCAUGGCGGGCGGCGGCAGGCUCGGCAGUCGCGACGACCCCGGCGUUCCCCUCCUCACUUCGCCUGGCUCGUCGUCGUCCUCGUCCUCGUCCUCGUCCAUGCCGCGCACUCAGUUUGCGCUCAUCGCCAAGCAGAUCGCAAUGGACAUUAACAGCACGUUCGGCAAACUCGAGCGCUUGUCUGCUUUGGCAAAGAAAAAGUCGCUGUUCGAUGACCGACCUGUCGAGAUCCAGGAGCUGACGUACAUUAUCAAGCAGAGCAUUGGCCAGCUGAACGAGCAGAUCGCGCAAUUGCAGCGCAGUCAGAGCGGAUCCAAGCGACGCGAGCAGGAAAAGAAGCACUCGGACAACGUUGUCGUCUCGCUGCAAUCAAAGCUCGCAAACAUGUCCAAAGAGUUCAAGUCGGUGCUUGAAGUCCGAACGCAAAAUUUGAAAGAUCAGCAAGAGCGACGAGAGCACUACUCCACGGGCCCUGCGUUGGCAGGCAGUUUGGACGCACCCAGCAGUAGUGGCGGCGCAGGCUCCAUUGCUCUGGAUCUGACCGGCUCGAAUUACCAACAAAUGCAACAAAUGCAACUGGUUGACAAGCAGGAUGCUUAUAUCCGAUCGCGCGAGGACGCUGUAACAACGAUCGAGUCGACAAUUGUGGAGCUUGGUGGCAUUUUCCAACAGCUCGGCACGUUGAUUCACGAACAAGGCCAAAUGGUUGAAAGAAUCGAUGCAAACAUUGAAGAAACCGAAGUCAAUAUUAAUCUCGCGCACAGCGAAAUCGCCAAGUACUUUGAGAACAUUUCCAGCAACCGCUGGCUCAUGAUCAAGAUUUUUGCCGUUUUGAUAGUAUUCUUUAUUGUUUUCGUCGUGUUCUUUGCUUAACGAAGAAUAGGUGAAGACGUGCUUGAUGAUUGUCUUUGUUUUGGUUCCUUGUUGCUUAUUCUUUUUGUUGUUCCAAUUGAUAAUUAAUCGUUC